CCCCCCCCCCGCCACAGACAGGAAGUGACAGGCAGCGCGGCAACACCAGUGUUUUUCACCCAAGAACCUGCACCUUUUGAGGUCUAAGUACAAGUUUGCUUUUGUGUUAUUCUCCAUUGGCUCAACUUGGCAGUGUUGAACUAAUUGAACCUCCAGGCAAAAAAAAAAAUUUUUUUUUUUGUUUGUGUUUUUUUACUUGAUCCCACUCCCUCCUGACAAAUUUCAUAACUGCUGUGCUGCAAAUUGAGUUCAAGCCUCCAAGCUGCAAUACUUGUAAAUAAUUUUUAAUUUGCAUUUUAUCUGAGAAAAUGUCCAGUAAACUGCAGUUCCGUGGGCUCUGAAUAACGCAGUAUCGCAACACUAACAGUAUAAAGGGACGUUUUUGUGUGCUUGCAGUUGUUUUCCACCAAUUCCAAUACCCCACUACCCACAUCAUGCUGACAAAAAGCUCAAAACCACGUCGGUUGAUGCUAGCCGGCUGCUAGAAAUGCCGCCUCCUUUUUUGUGUGACUGUUUUUACCGGCGACAUUUUGUCUGGGUAGUACAUUAGUGAGUAUCUUUUCAAAUGGGCUGCAUGAAUUAAGUUACUGCCUGACACAAGUGAUCACAAUAACCAUUCACCGCUGUCACAACUAAUCAAUUUUAGUCAUCUUGUGAGCUUUGUGCAGUCUCAGAUGGAAAAGAGAAAUGUGUUUACACGUGGAUCACUUUGGCGCAUAAAUUAGCACCGUGCACACUUAAUAGGUCACCUAUCAAACCAUUUGUCAUUUGCCGUCAACCAGAUUGCAACAAUAAAGUCGUUGUGCUUCACAUGUGCAUGUUGUCAUACGUCGAAUCAAAUUCAUGCUCGUAAUUGUGCUCAGUCUGCUUGUGUGCUUUUGUGCAGGGCUCCGUCCGUGUCUUGGCGUAGGAAAUUUGUGAAGAAAAAUAUUUUUUUUGUUGUGACAUACAGUCCAUGUAUAUUUACAAAAUGCUUUUCACCUAUUACCCGAGGUAAGCAAAUGCGGAAUUCGAGGCGCACACUGCCUCUACAGUGGUUCAAAAACAGGAAAUGAGAUGGUGUCGCUACCUCUGUUGUCGUGAAGGUGAAAAUGUAACUUUUUGUUUUUUUUUUGCUGGUGCAUGAUUACGUCCCGUCCGGGAGACACACGUGGAGUUGUCCUCAAUCCACAGGUUAAAGACUACGUUGCAGUAAAUCCUGAUAAGUGCACCCGCCUGCUUGUAUCUGGCGAUCACAUUGGUUUCACUUCCAGGCAUCUAAUAACCCAACUGAUCUUUAAUGGUAGCUCCUCCUUAACCUAAUUCAAGCCUUUUUAAUGGAAGCCACACUGAUACGGGACAUUUAGCUCCAUUUGGACACCAUGAGGGCACUCGUGCAGAAGGUUGCCGUUUUGUCUCUGCUGAUGGCUCUGCUGUGCCGCACGCAGGUGGAUUCGGCACCUGUGCCGGAAGACUGGACCGGCUUGGUCCACCGGACCAAGAGGUCUUUGCUGUGGCGCUGGAACUCCAUGAAGCCAGUGGGCGACAGCUGCAGGGAUCAUAUGGAGUGUGCCACGAAAUACUGCAGGAGAAACAUUUGCUCUUUCUGGAAAUUCACCUGAAGAACACAAACAAUGCCAUCAGGGCGAGUGUCGGCACAACAAGCUGCUUCUUCAUGGAUCAAAUAAACAAAAAAAACAAGUUUGUUUCUUGGUCAAAUAUAGACACCAGUGCAAUGUUUAAGAGCUGUCCUUUUAUAUAUUUGUAUUUACAUACUGUAAACCAUGUCAGCAGAUUCCAUUCCAAACAUUUUUUUUAUUUUAACAUUAAAAAAAUAAGUCUAUUGGACUUGGAUACAAAUUAUGCCUUUUUUUGUGACGAGACAGGAAACUGACUUUUUUUAAAAUCAGUGAUUAAAUUGAGUAUUUUAACAGAAG